AUGGGGCUGCUCCGUGGCGUUGUGACGGCCCUCCUUGCCUCAAAGGUUAUAGCUACGAAGGGGUUGUCCGCAGAUGAUUUUGACGUCUUGGACUAUGUCGAUCCUCUAAUUGGCACUGCAAAAGGAGGUCAUGUAUUUGCGGGCGCGAGUUUGCCAUUUGGUAUGGCCAAAGCCGUGGCAGAUACCAGCGGCGAGAAUCAGGCUGGCUUCGCUUUUGAUACGGAUGUCGUAACCGGAUUCUCUCACAUGCACGAUUCUGGAACUGGCGGCGCCGCAUCGAUGGGUAACUUCCCUAUCUUCGCACAAGGAAGUUGCCCGCAGGACGACCUCCAGCAAUGUCAAUGGCAACUAUCUGACCGAUCGGUUUCUUGGGACAAAAAAUCAGUCAAAGCUCGCCCUGGAUAUUUCGGUAUCUCAAUAGCUAAUGGCGUUCAAGCGGAAAUGACAACAACCAAUCGGUCUGCUCUUUACCGUUUUACGUUCAAUGAGACCUCUGAUCAGCCGCUCAGUCCAGUGAUCCUUUUGGAUUUGAUUGAUUUACCUCAAUCACGAUCCAAUGGAAGUGCAAACGUUGACCGUAAGACUGGGCGUCUCACGGGAAGCGGUACUUUUGGCCCAAGCUUUGGUACUGGCAGUUACAAGUCCUAUGUCUGCGUUGAUUUCAAAGGAGCAGACCUCCGUGACACUGGAAGCUGGAUGAAGAAUCAAGUCAACGCCAGCAGUCAAACACUGUCAGUCGACAAUAGCAUAGACUCCACUGUCUCAGCCGGUACAUUCGCCAGAUUCCACGCCCCCAAAGACAAGAAGAGUAUUAUGGCUCGCGUGGGUGUCAGUUUCAUAAGUGUACAGCAGGCUUGUUCCAAUGCGGAACGGGAACAGCCCAACUUUGAUUUUGAGGGCACGGUUCACGCUGCCGAAACUGCCUGGCGGAAGAAGUUGGAUGUCAUCUCCAUGGAUGCAGAUGGUGUCUCAGAAGAUCUUCAGAAGGUUUUCUGGAGCGGAGCAUACCGAACAAUGCUCAGUCCCCAGGACUAUACCGGUGAAAAUCCCCUGUGGAAGAGUGACGAGCCGUACUAUGACAGCUACUACUGUAUAUGGGACUCUUUCCGCAGUAUUCAUCCACUGCUGACUCUGGUUGACCCUCUGUCACAAUCCCUCAUGAUGCGAAGCUUGGUCGACAUCUACAGAAACGAAGGAUACUUGCCCGACUGUCGCAUGUCGCUCUGCAAGGGCCUCACCCAAGGCGGUUCCAAUGCAGAUGUGGUUAUCGCAGAUGCGUAUCUGAAAAAGGUCGCGAACGUUGACUGGGCGACUGCCUAUGAGGCUGUUGUCAAGGACGCCGAGGUAGAGCCCGAGAACUGGGAUGUAGAGGGCCGCGGCGGCUUGGAGAGCUGGAAGAAUCUUGGCUAUAUCCCCAUCAAUGACAAUGAUACCGCCGGUGAAGGAACACACACUCGGAGCGUCUCCCGGACAGUGGAAUAUGCCUACAACGACUUUUGCAUUGCCGAGAUGGCGAAAGGCAUGGGGCACCAGGCCGACUACGAGAAAUACUCGAAACGGUCUAAAAACUGGGCACACGUGUUCAAACCUGAUCAGAAGUCAAGCAUCGGGGGAGUCGACACUAACUUCACGGGAUUCGUACAGCCCCGAUACUUAAACGGCUCAUGGGCCUACCAGGACCCGAUUCUUUGCAGUCCACUUUUGGACUUCGACGGAUGUUAUCUCAACCCCGAGGGUCAUGAGACCUAUGAGGGCAGUGCGUGGAUGUAUACCUUCUAUGCACCGCACGACAUGGGCUCUCUCAUCAAGACGCUUGGCGGCGCCAAGUCCUUCACCUCUCGUCUCAGCUAUCUCCAUGACUCAGGAUUGCUCUACGUGGGAGACGAACAGGCCUUCCUCCCCGUCUUCCAAUUCCACUACUCAGCACGACCUGCUCUCUCGGCGAAGCAAAGUCACUUCUACAUUCCAUCUCAGUUCAAUACGACAGUCAAUGGUAUCGCCGGCAACGACGAUAGCGGAGCUAUGGGAUCAUUCAUUGUGCUGAGCAUGAUGGGUCUCUGGCCGGUGCCUGGUCAGGACGUGUAUCUGAUCACUCCCCCGUACUUCAAAGAAGUCAGCAUUCGCAACCCCCUUACUGGGAAGGUCGCGACGAUCCGCAACAUCAAUUUCGAUCCUACUUACAAGUCUAUCUACAUCCAGAGUGCCAAGUGGAAUGGCAAGCCAUGGACAAACAACUGGAUUCGACAUGAGUUUUUCGCCGAAGGUGGUGUUCUUGAGCUUGAGUUGGGGCCCAAGGAAAGUGAAUGGGGAACUCGUGUUCAGGAUCUUCCGCCAAGCUUGAGCAAUUAUCAUUGA